GCAGAGCCGAGGGCAGCCAUAAUUUUGUAUCAGAAAAACAAAGAAAAGCUCCAACCGAAUGCCUUUCCCUUCGACACAAUCAAUACGAUCCUCAUCUCUCAUUUCUUCGCAUUGUCCCCAUCAACACCAAACAAAAACACCCCAACACUUUUCUUAGACUCUGUUCUGCUCUGCAUGCGUCUUCAAUGGGGAAUCUCUGCGCCACAUUCUCGCUGCCGAAACCACCGGCCAAGCAUCUGGCCAACACCUUCCCCGACCCCCCCUCUUUGUCCAUUUCCAGCAGCCGAUGGUCUCGAAUGCGCUCUUCAUGGAGAGAGAAGACUGGAGACUCGCUGACUUCAGAGCAGGCUUUAGAGGCAGCGGCGGUACUUUUCCAGAAACGUCCACUCGAUUGUCCUGUGUCGUUUGAUCGCUCUACUUCGCUCCGGCAGCCAACCUCUGGUAAGAAGAGUCGAAACGCGUUGCCGCGGAGUUCGAGUUCUCGAGCUCGCUCUCUCACUGACCCUUUACUUCAACCUCAGCAGCUUGUUAACCAGGACAUAAAACUAGAUGACUUGGAAACAAAUCACUUUGUUCUUGUCCAUGGAGGUGGUUUUGGUGCUUGGUGUUGGUACAAAACUAUUGCUCUUCUUGAAGAAGCAGGUUAUAGAGCUACGGCGAUAGACUUAACUGGUUCAGGAAUUCAUUCAUUUAAUCCAAAUAGCAUCAUAAAUCUCUCCCAAUAUGUGCAGCCGCUCACAGAUGUUCUUGAAAAGCUUCCUGCUGGCGAAAAGGUUAUCCUAGUUGGGCAUGAUUUUGGUGGUGCUUGUAUUUCGUAUGCAAUGGAAUUAUUUCAUUUCAAAAUUGCGAAGGCCGUCUUCCUUGCUGCAGCAAUGUUGAGUGAUGGGCAAAACACUCUUGAUAUAUUCUCCUUGCAGGCUGGUUCGGACGAUGUCAUGCGACAGGCUCAAGUCUUUGUGUACUCAAAUGGCAACGACAGCCCUCCAACAGCUAUUGAAUUGAAAAAACCAUUGUUGAAGGACUUAUUCUUCAAUCAAACUCCAGCCAAGGAUGUAGCUUUAGCAUCUGUUUCGAUGAGACCGAUACCCUUCCCACCUGUGUUAGAAAAGCUAUGCCUUUCAGACACCAAGUAUGGAUCGGUGAGACGAUUUUACAUUAAAACACUUAACGACAACGCCAUAGCUGUCCCAAUCCAAGAGAGUUUGAUCGAAAGAAACCCUCCAGAACAGGUCUUCCAUCUUAAAGGUGCAGAUCAUUCCCCUUUUUUCUCAAAACCUCAGGCUCUGCAUAGACUAUUGGUAGAAAUCUCAAAGAUCCAAAGAUCUUAGAAGCCAGUCUCUCUCACCAGCUAGAUAGAUAGAUGGGUUGCAUUGAAAGUUUCUUCAACUUUUGCUUUUUUGAUGUCCAUGUGAAUGAAUAAAGUUGGUGGGACUUCACUGCAAGAGGAUGAAAUGAAAGGGCCUGAUCUUGCCACCUCAUUUUCUAUUUGUUUCUUUAUCAUUUUUUUAUUUUUACAUUUAUUGAAAAGGCAAUGAGGUCACAAGAUGAGAAUCAUCUGGUCCCAAAAUGGACUGGUUUAUUGACCAUAAUUGGAGAAUACAGCCCAAAAUUUGGGUCUUGUUACCUUUUUAUAUUGUAUUGAACUCAAUAAUAUGAAUGCAAUUGGAGCUUUGAAAGAAGUUCAUAAUACAAGUUAGAUGUUACUUCCUCUUGUUUCCUGAA